CCCCUGCCAGGUAAGGGCACUGGCCAAGGCCCAAUGAGGGCAGGGCAGGCCCCUUUCCUCACGGGGCCUGCUCAGAGUUCAAGGGUUCUGGAGAGAUCAUCCAGGCUUCUUUAAACUGCUGCUGCAGCUGAGGCUGGAGUUUGGAGUUUGACCUGUGUGGAACCUUUCUCAGCAGCAGGCAAGGAGGUAGGGCCUCUGCUGUCCUCUGCUGCUCCCUGCUGCAAAGGACAGGACAUCCCAGGGGUCUCCCUUCUCACAGCCACUGCCUUCGGCCUCUGAAGUUCCCGAGACCCUAGGGCAGUAGAGCCUGCAUCCUGAAGAAGCCAGCAAGCACAUCUGUUGGAGCCUACUUCUUCAGGAUUACAGUUUAUACAGAAGACCAGCUGAAACACCCAGACUGCAGACUCACGCCCACUGGAAGCCUACCUCUUCAGGAUUGCGGUUUAUACAGAGGGCCAGCUGAAACACCUAGCCUCGUGGAACUAGACUCUUGGACUUCCCAUUCACAGCUGUCCAUUGUUGGGUGAAAGAGUGGAUGGUCAGAGGGAUGGAUCUGACUUCCUAAAGCUCUGUCUCCACCAGAUCUCCAUCUAGGAGUGAGCGGCUCAUUCAGCACCAUGGAGAGUACCACCACCAGCCCUCAGCCUCCACAGUCUGACUCCCUGGAGGCCUUUCCCCAAAAGAGCAUGGAGCCUGCAGACAUCGCUGUCCUAGUUCUGUACUUCCUCUUUGUUCUGGCUGUUGGAUUAUGGUCCACAGUGAGGACCAAACGAGACACAGUGAAAGGCUACUUCCUGGCUGGAGGGGACAUGGUGUGGUGGCCAGUGGGUGCAUCCUUGUUCGCCAGCAAUGUUGGAAGUGGACACUUCAUUGGCCUCGCUGGGUCUGGUGCUGCUGUGGGCAUUUCUGUUGCUGCCUAUGAGCUUAAUGGCUUGUUUUCUGUGCUGAUGCUGGCCUGGAUCUUCCUUCCUAUCUACAUUGCUGGCCAGGUAACCACGAUGCCAGAAUAUCUAAGGCGGCGCUUUGGGGGCAACAGGAUCUCCAUCACCCUGGCUGUGCUCUACCUGUUCAUCUACAUCUUCACCAAGAUUUCGGUGGACAUGUAUGCAGGGGCCAUCUUCAUUCAGCAGUCCUUGCAUCUGGAUCUGUACCUGGCCAUAGUAGGGCUGCUGGCAAUCACAGCUCUGUACACUGUUGCAGGAGGUCUGGCUGCUGUUAUCUAUACAGAUGCUCUGCAGACUGUUAUCAUGCUUAUAGGAGCCUUCAUCCUCAUGGGCUACAGUUUUGCAGCUGUUGGUGGAAUGGAAGGCCUGAAGGACCAGUACUUCUUAGCCCUGGCUAGUAACCGGAGUGAGAACAGCAGCUGUGGGCUACCCCGAGAAGAUGCCUUCCACAUCUUCCGAGAUCCAUUGACGUCUGAUCUCCCCUGGCCUGGGAUCCUGUUUGGCAUGUCCAUCCCAUCUCUCUGGUAUUGGUGUACAGAUCAGGUGAUUGUUCAGCGGAGUCUGGCUGCCAAGAACCUGUCUCAUGCCAAAGGCGGCUCCCUGAUGGCUGCGUACCUGAAAGUGCUUCCUCUUUUCCUGAUGGUGUUCCCUGGGAUGGUCAGCAGAGUCCUCUUCCCAGAUCAAGUAGCCUGUGCGCAUCCCGACAUCUGCCAGCGGGUCUGUAGCAACCCCUCUGGCUGUUCAGACAUCGCGUACCCCAAACUUGUGCUGGAACUUUUGCCCACAGGACUCCGUGGGCUCAUGAUGGCUGUGAUGGUGGCGGCUCUCAUGUCCUCCCUCACCUCCAUCUUUAACAGUGCCAGCACCAUCUUCACCAUGGACCUGUGGAACCACAUCCGGCCACGGGCAUCUGAAAGGGAGCUCAUGAUUGUGGGCAGGAUAUUUGUGUUUGCCCUGGUGCUGGUCUCCAUCCUCUGGAUCCCCAUUGUGCAGGCCAGCCAGGGAGGGCAGCUUUUCAUCUACAUUCAAUCCAUCAGCUCCUACCUGCAGCCACCCGUGGCCAUGGUCUUCAUCAUGGGAUGUUUCUGGAAGCGUACCAAUGAAAAGGGUGCCUUCUCAGGCCUGAUCUUGGGCUUGCUGCUAGGACUGGUCAGGCUGAUCCUGGACUUUGUCUACGCACAGCCUCGGUGUGACCAGCCUGAUGACCGCCCAGCUGUCGUGAAGGAUGUCCACUACCUCUACUUCUCCAUGAUUCUGUCUUUUACCACCCUCAUCACUGUGGUCACUGUGAGCUGGUUCACAGAGACACCCUCCAAAGAGAUGGUCAGCCGCCUGACUUGGUUCACUCGUCAUGAACCUGUGGCCCAGAAGGACUCAGCACCACCAGAAACCCCCCUGUCUCUAACCCUUUCUCAGAAUGGGACUACAGAGGCCCCCGGCACCAGUAUCCAGCUGGAGACAGUUCAAGAAAGUACGACCAAAGCCUGUGGCGAUGGUGUGUCUCCCAGGCAUUCCAAGGUGGUGAGGGCUAUCUUGUGGCUCUGUGGGAUGGAAAAGAACAAAGAGGAGCCCCCAAGCAAAGCGGAACCUGUCAUAGUUUCCUUGGAAGAAAAGCCCUUGGUGAAAACCCUGCUCGACGUCAACUGCAUUGUGUGCAUCAGCUGCGCCAUCUUCCUUUGGGGAUACUUCGCGUAACUCAGGGUGAGCCAGGAAAUGACAAUAAAGCUGUGUCUGUUUACAGUAGA